AUCAUUUUCCAGCCCUUUCACGAAACGGUCCAAAGAUGGCGGUGGAGGUUUUGGCGCGACAAGCCUCGCCGGUGGAUGGCCUGCUUGCGGCCCUGCGAAGCCCUCGAAGCGCCGUGCGGAUCUGGGCCUUGAUCCAAAUCGCAAAACUGGGCCCCAUCAAAGCCGAGCAGUUUCAGCUCGACAAGCAGGUGUCAGAUUUGCUUCGAGAUGAAGACUCUGCUGUUCAAGAGCAAGCUUUGUUGACCUUGGGGCAGCAAGGUGGCCGGGGUGCUCGACACGUUGAUGCAAUUGCUCGGCGCAUUUCCAUGUCCAUGGAACGCAGGGUGAGGGUAGCAGCACUUCAUGCUCUUGGGAAUCUUGGACCAAGUGCCGGGUCAGUUCAAUCAGAUGUGCUGGCGGCAUUGGACGACAAGGAUCCGGCGGUGGCUGCAGCGGCGUGCGUAGCUUUGGGAAGAAUGAAGGUCACUUCUCUGGAUGGGAAGCUGGCGGGCAUGGAGAGCCGUGAGCCCCAGGUGGUGGCAGCUGCCUGCGCCGGUCUGUCGGCCAUGGACCGUAGGGUGGAUGCCGUGGGCAAGCAGCUUUCACACCGCGACCCUAGUGUCAAGGCAACGUGUUCACAGCUGGUGGUGUUGCCUUCCUCAAAUGGUCGGCAGGCUGCGGCGGCCAAAGCAUUGUCUGGCAUGACGAAAGCAGAGGACUUCUCGCCGGAGCUGGUGCGGCUCCUGAGCGAAGACGCCGUGCUGCGGCACAGCGCCGCCCAGACGCUGCGUGAUCUCGCGCCAACUCUUGCGCCAGCGCAGAAGGCGGAGCUCGGGUCGCUGCUGAAAGGUCCUCCGUUGGUCGCGGGUGCGGCCGCUUUCGUCCUGGCCGAAGUGGGAGCAGCUCCAGACCAGAUUGCUGCGUUGGAGAACCUCCUGUCCCACAAAGUUGAGGACACCUCGGCCUGCGCCGUCACCGCCUCCGGCGCAGCCCCGCCGCUGCCCGCGGCUUUGCGGAAGCCCGCCGUGGCCGCCUGCGCAGCGCUGGGCGCGGCAGAGGGGGGGGACAAGGUGGCGCCGCGCCUGACUGCGCUGCUGGAGAGCCCGGAUGCGGAGGUACGGGCAGCUGCAGCAGAGGCGCUGGGCAAAUUGCGGCAGCAAACUGCUGUGCCUAUGCUACUUCAGGGCCUGGAGGAUGCGUCACCGGCAGUGGUGCUCGCCUCUUGUCGUGCCUUGGGGUCAUUCCCAAGCACCGAGACGGGUGCUGCUGUGGCGAGGCUUCUGGAGGACCCGCAGCCCACUGUGCGCGCCUCUGCCGCCCACGCCCUUGCGGACAUGGGGGCGGAGGCCCACGUUGAGAAGAUUGCGGUGCUGCUCGAUGACCGAGCCCCGCCGGUCCAGGUCGCGGCGAUGCGCGCGCUUGCGACCUGCGAGCGUGGGCAGCUUCAUGCUGCAGCUGUGUGUCGAUUGGCGCUAAAAGCAGAUGAAAGGACCUGUGUGACAGCAUUGCAAACGCUGAUGCAACUGGGCGAGCGUGGCGCUGCCUAUGCAGAAGAACUGCAUGCUUUGCUGGAUGCCGCCACUCCUGAGAUUGCCACCCAAGCACACAGGGCACUCGACUGCUUCAGAGGAGGCCGCGAUGCUGUGCCGUCGCUCGCAGAUCUUCCCAAGGUGCAGCUGACCAUUGCCGCGGGAACCCCCGGCCUGGAAGGAUGAGGCUCGACACUUUUUGCACUGGCGGACUCCAUAUAUACAGAGGUCUUUGGCAGCUAUGCGAAGAAGGAGGUGCAUGGAACACUGCUUCGAACUUGGCCAUGUUGCGAUCGCAACAUUCUUCCGAGCUG